UUUUAUUUUCCGAAUCAUUAUUUCGUUAAUUAAUUAGAUCGGAAAACAAUCAAAUGGAAUUAAGUGAACUGUGGGCGAUCUUCGGUCCCGGCUGGUGGUUUUGGGUCGACGCCGUCGUUUGUAGCUCCAUCAAUGUCCCUUUCCUCCACUUUUUACCUGGAAUUUUUGCAUCUAUGGCGGCUUUGAUGUUUAAUUGUGUUAGAAGAGAAGAUAUCGAUUACUCUCCUUACGAUGACGGCGAGUGGAGGUUGAAGCUCUGGCUUUUCUUGGCUUAUGUUGUAUCCUUUGUCUCACUGGCUGCUUCGGUGGGCCUCUUGAUACAAGACUCGAUGGUAAAAUCUGGUCCUUCAGUGUGGACUGGUACUGCGGGAGUCUUACAGUGCACGUUCAUCUUAAUCAGUGGGCUGAUAUAUUGGACUUCACACACAGAAUAGUAGAUAUCUCCCAAUCUAAUCCAGCGUUUGCACGGAGCACAAAAGCGAGGCGAUGAUAUGUGCGUGUGU